CGAUUUUUCUUUUCCUUUUUUUUAGCAGUUCCAAAAGGUAAUGUUUUGGCGUACAACUGACAAGCGGGAGCCACGAAGCCCAACCCCGACACCUGAGCUCGAGCUCGCGACCGACCCUCAGACCGCGCUACCAAAACAACACACCCCAGGGCAAUGCUACGAACUUUAUCCCGCCACCCCAGACGGCCCAAAGCAAGACAGACACGAUGGACGACCUGUCGGGGCUGAAUUGGUCGACCCCGGCCAACGGCGGCGGCUCUAAGCCGCCGCCCAUGAACCCCUCUAACGCCUUCGCCUACCCGUCGCUCCGCCCGAGCCCGUCGCCCCAGCCGUCCGGCCGCAACACCCCGAUCUCCUCGCAGGGCUCCGGCGCCCCCAAGUCUCUGGCGGCGGCGGCAAAGCCAGCCCAGGACAGCUUCAGCGGCCUCAUGAACUUCGGCACCGCCAAAAGCACGGCGAAUCUGAGCCUGCGCGAGCAGCAGGAGCGCCUCGAGGCCGAGAAGCGCAGGAAGGAGGAGGAGAAGAGGAAGCAGGCGCAGGCCAGCUUUGGCGACGGGCGCUUCUUCGAGUCGCUGGGGCAGGGCAGCUCGAGGGCAGCGACGCCGGUGGUGGCGGCGGUGGGCGCGCAGAAUGGCAAGGCCAAGGACGCGGACGACGACCUCUUUGCGGCCUUCAACUCGACCACCCAGGUCGACAAUGCGAGCUACUUCCCGCCGGGCUCUCAGCUCGACAAGACGGCCGCUGUCUCGAGAGGGCCCUCGCCGGCCGCCGCCCCGACCCAGGUUCCAGGCUUGGACCUCAGCAAGCCUAAUUCCUGGGCGGCGCCGGGUGGCUCGAACGGCGCCUUUGCCGACGACGACGACCCGUUCGGUCUCAGCGAACUAAAAGCCAAAGCCCCGGCUGCAGUCGUGGCCAACGAGGAGGAGGACGACCUCCUCGGGGAUCUGGGGCGACCCGUAGAGGAGGUGCGGAGGGAACAGCAGGCCCGGGCCCAGGCCAAGGCGCCGAAGCGUCCCGAGCCCGAGCCUGGGAAGCCGAUCGAACACUCGGAAUCAGAAUCAGAGGACGAGGAACCACGCGCGCCAUCAAACGAUCCGUUCGACAAGGCCGUUUGCCAAAUAGUGGAUUACGGGUUCACACCCGAGAAUGCCAGGAGGGCCCUCACGGAGAGCGGCGCCGGGCUCAACGUCCAGGCCGCCGUCAACUGGCUGCUGGACGACGCCCACAGGCAGGCAAAAGAGAAGUCGAGGCAAAAGCAGGGCUCUUCAAGUCGCGCCAGGGAGGACAGUGGCCAGUCUUCGUCGGGGCGCGACAGGGGCUCCAGCCCGGCCUGGAUGGGCGGCGACGACGUGCUCGGCAGCAGGAACAGCAGGUCGCCGGCGCGCGGCGAGCCGGACUUUGCAAAGACGGCGGCCGCGAUUGGAAACAACCUGUUCAAAUCGGCAAACUCUCUGUGGAAGACCAGCCAGAAGAAGGUGCAGCAGGCCGUCGCGGACUUCCAGCAGGAGGGAGGCGACCCGAACCAGCCAAAGUGGAUGAGGUCGGCACAUCAGGACAUGGGCCAGGACGGGCGGCGGAGAGCAGACGGCACCGACGAAGUGAUGAUGCUGGAUUCUCGUAGCCGACCAGGUCGGCGCCCUGCCGAUGAGUCAAGGAGGCACCCGAGCAGCACCGGCUCGUCACGCAACCAGUCACCAGCCGUCCGUGGGGCUUCUUCGAGCAGGAACCAGGCCGUGCCCAAGUGGCAGCAGUCCGGCCAACCGCAUCUCAUGGACCCCCGGUCCCGCAUCAACAAGCAGGAAAUCGAAGAGCAGAGCUCGCAGGCCUAUGUCAGUCCUGCCAGGAGAAAGAAGACGACACCACAGCCACAACCUGAGGCCAGGGAUCCACCGCCGGAGCCCGAGGCGGAUCUCCUGUUCGGCUCGGACGCCCCAAGCCGUCCCCAGGCGCGCCUCCCCCAGCGGCCGACUCCUCAGCCCUCACCAGGCCCAGGGUCCAGCGCUGGAAGGCAAUCCAACAACCCGUCUCCCCGCCCGGCGCAGCCUCGUCCAGCCCCCCACCCGGCCCGCCAGAUCCCGCCACUCGGCGCCGCCGCGCUACAGGCAUCGACCAAGCACCGCCUCGAGGGCACCGGCCACUUCAAGAGGGGGGACUACGCGGCGGCGCACGCGUCGUACAGCACAUCGCUCUCGGCCCUACCCGCGACGCACCCGCUCGCGAUCCUGCUGCUGUGCAACCACGCGCUGACGGCGCUCAAGACGGGUGAGCCGCGGCAGGCGGUCGACGACGCCGACGCGGCCGUCAAGCUCAUCGGGCCGUCCAGGGGCGAGGGCGAGACGGUUUCGCUGGAUGGCAACAGCGGCGGCGAGACGCGCGACAUGAAGGACCUCUACGGCAAGGCGCUCACGCGCAAGGCCGAGGCGCUCGAGCAGAUGGAGAAGUGGGGCGACGCGGGCGCCGUGUGGCAGCUGUGCGUCGAGUCGGGCGUCGGCGGGCCCGCGGCCAUCGCGGGCCGCCAGCGCUGCCAGAAGGCGCUAGCGCCCAAGCCGCAGCCCAAGCCCAAGCCGGCGUCGGCUCCCGCGGCGGCGGCUGCGGCGGCACGACCGAAGCCGAGACCGGUGGCGGCAUCCUCGUUUUCCGGUAGGGACUCGGAGGCGGUGGAGCGGCUGCGGGCGGCCAACGCGGCGGCGCAGCAGGCCGACGCGGAGAAGUUUGCGCUCGUGGACAAGGUGGACGCGCGCGUGGCGGCGUGGCGCGACGGCAAGCGCGACAACCUGCGCGCGCUCCUCGGCAGCCUCGACCAGGUGCUCUGGGAGGGCAGCGGGUGGAAGAAGGUGGGCCUGCACGAGCUCGUCGUGGCCAACAAGGUCAAGAUUGUGUACAUGAAGGCCAUUGCCAAAUGCCACCCGGACAAGAUCACGCAAGACGCGAGCACCGAAGUCCGCAUGAUUGCCGGCACCGUCUUCAGCACGCUAAACGAGAGCUGGGACAAGUUCAAGGCGGAGAAUAAUCUUUGAUGGCGGGAGGGAUGAGGGGGUUAAACUACAACUUAUACCAUGGCUUCAACAUGGUUCCAGAGCCGCGCUACAGGCCCCCUGGCUGGAACCGAUAGAAUUUUCUAGGGAAGAAUGGGGUUACUAGAGCAUGCGAUGGUGGAUUAUGAACUAUGUUUUUCUUGUUUGCAUUUCAAAGACGCCACGGCUUUUUCGCUGGCUGCCGCCUCGUCCCAUGCUACAACCACGGCCAAUCUACAGCCCCAGACUCCUCCUGACCGAGUCGCGGACCUUGUUCUCGUACUCCUCCCUCCGC